CAUUUUCGCCCCGAGCGCUGCAGUGCGAGUUCCGUUGGCAACUGUCAAUGUCACAUUUCUCUCUUUUAUCCAGAAAAUGGCACCGAAAAAGCCUACUGACAAGCCCGCGGGGAAACCCGAUGAGAAGAAGAAGAAGCCUGCCGCCGCUGCCCCAGCAGCCUCCACUUCGGGGGCCGCCAAGCCGGCAGAGAAGAAACCAGCCGCUGCAAAGCCCGCAGCAUCGGCUCCGGCGGCGAAGCCAGCUGAGAAGAAGCCUGCUGGCGAGAAGAAGCCUGCGGAGAAGAAGGUAGCGCCCGCCCCGAAGGUAGCCACGGCCCCUAAGGCUGCUGCUGCCCCCAAAGCGGCCGCUGGAACUUCGAAACCCGCCCCGGCGGGUGAUAAGAAGAAGCCCGCUGAGAAGAAGACGGCCGCCAGCACGAGUGCUGCUGCUCCCAAGAAGCCAGCAGAGAAGAAAGCCACUGCUGCUAGCGCCAAGAAGCCCGCUGCUGCUCCGGCUGGGGAGAAGAAGGCCGCCGAGAAGAAGACCGCGGCUAAGAAGACUCCUGCCAAGACUCCAGCUGCUGCUCCGGCUGCCAAGAAGGCCGCCCCAGCUAAGAAACCCGUCGCUAAGGAUGCCAAGGCUAAGAAACCCGCUGGCACGAAGAAACCUGGAGCUGUGUCGAAGCCUGUGGCGAAGAAGCAGGCCGCUGCCAAGGCGAAAUUGGCCAAGGCGAAGGGAGCCGCAGGACCGGCUGGAAAGGUGCAGAAGGGAACGGCAAAGACCAAGGCUGCUGCUGUUGCGAAGGCUAAGAGGACAGCGACGAAGGUUGUUAAGGGUCCAAAUGGCACGCGCACACGCAAGAUCCGCACGUCCGUGCACUUCCGUCGCCCCAAGACGCUGAGGCUGCCGCGUGACCCCAAGUACUCGCGCAAGUCGGCGCCGAAGAGGAAUAGGAUGGACGCGUACAACGUGAUCAAGUAUCCGCUGACCACGGAAGCGGCCAUGAAGAAGAUCGAGGACAACAAUACGCUCGUGUUCCUCACGCACCUGCGCUCCAACAAGCAUCACGUGCGGGCGGCCGUGCGCAAGUUGUACGACAUCAAAGUGGCCAAGGUGAACCUCCUCAUCCAGCCGGACGGCAAGAAGAAGGCGUACGUAAGGCUGGCCCGGGAUUAUGACGCCCUGGACAUUGCCAACAAGAUCGGCAUCAUAUAAUUCUUUCCGCUCCGCAUUUGUUGUGGACCUAAUAUAAAGAUGAUUAAAGGAAAGAUGACAAGAA